AUAGACGAGCAGCAGAAAUCAGGAUGGCAGCGAUCAAGCUACUCAUUUUGUGCGCAAGCUUUCUUAGCGCUUUCGCAGCUAGCGUCGCAAAUGACAAAUGUGGGAGUUCUAGCGGAACUCAGUCUGGGGAAACCUCAAAAGAUGGUUACAAUCUUUUGGAAAUAAACGUCACGUUUGCCUUGAAGAACUACUCGGGCGGAAUACCGUUUGUGGAAGGGGUUUCCUGUAUUACGACUACGACCACUGAAAAGAACGACAGCCAGCACAAAGUUAAGGAGCAAAUCAAGUUCGGAUUUGGAGGAAACAGCAAAGCCCUAGAACAAUGGUUUCAAUUUUUAGGGGAUGGUCCACAAUACAACACAAUGAUGCCCACAGAUGGCGCAGGAAAUGCGGAGCAGCAACAACCGGAAAGCGCCGUGGUCAGCAGCCGUAGUGGUGAUGGCGCAAGUUCUGGUUCACCGGCUGGCGGAAGCGAAGAUGGGGACUCUCUUAUUGUGCCACCGGGAAAUUACACCUUCAAUUUCACGGGACCAGAUUGCGCAGUGGUGGUGGUUUAUUUGGCUGAAGAUUACUCCGACACCCAAGACCAGAACGGCGAAAAGGCAGAGUCGCGAAUGGCUCAAGUUGCUGCGCGCGAAGAAGCAGGCACCGAAACUAGGCCUCCGUGCAUGUUGUGGGUGAAACAGGGUGCAGACAGUGGAACAAACUGCUGCGAUGAUUACUUCGAAAAACAUUGCAGCUCGGCAAGCACAAACUACGUUGGGAGCGGAGAUACAUGCACGUCUGGUAGCACCAUUUCUUCACCAAAGAAGUCAAGGCGAUAACAGGCUUGAGAGGACAUGCUAGGGUGUUCUCUCAAGACACAGAGCGUGAUCGAGGUAAUAAAAAAAUGAACAUAUUCGUUGUUUAUA